UGUACAAACAUGAGGUAAACAGAGAAACAGGUGCUUGGCGUCAAAUAAAGGCAGAGUCAGAAAGACGGUGUGUUUAUAAAUACUUGUGAUACGCUUUUCUGUAUUAAUCAUUAGUAUUUUAUACCGUUGCUAUGACGUUGAUAUAGUUUGGUUCAUUGGCAAAUUUUCGCCUCUACUGUAACGUUAGAUUCGCGCACAAAAAGCUGAUGAAAUGAAACGUUAUCUAGAAGUCAAAAACGUUACAUCCUUCUGAAAAUGAUUCCGAGUCAGACGAUAAAAGCUGCAUAAAGAAGAUGAGUUGCCUGAUUCUGUAUUCACAUAUGCUGAAGCUUCAAGAAAGUGAGAGAAUGCCUUUGAACAAUUAAUCUUUGAACAUGUUGAAGAGAAGGACUUCUCAAGCCAGAACCUGUCUCACCUUCAUCACAAAUGAUAAUCCUACUAAUGAGCCAGCUUCAGAUUUCAUAGACAACCCCAUAAAGUGGAAAGAGCAAGUGAGUCAUGAGUCAUGGUUAUUUGUUUGUGGUUAAAUGGAAAUGGGAUCGUUAUACCAUCUGAGUCAUAACAGAGGAAAGGAGAAGUAUCUGUGUUUUGUCCUUUUAUUAUUUUAACCUUUUUAACUUUGAAAAUUUUAACCUUUAAUUCAGUUGUAUGAUAUAUGAGUUGGUGUAUUAUGUAAAAAAAAAUAGAACAUAUAAAAAUUAUAUAAUUUGUUGAACUUAUAAUGUGAGGAAUAUUUUUUCAAAGUUUAAAAUAAAACAAAAUUUAUUGGAGAACAAUUUACUAAAAAAUACUAUUUCAAUCUUGAGUCAGUAAUUAGUUUACUAGCAGAGUGAAAUUUGUUACCCUACACAAGUAAAGUAAAUUCUACACCAUUUUUUCCCCAAUGUGUACUGUAUAUUUGUGUAAAUAAUGUGUAUCUAAGUAAAAUUAUUAUUUUAAAAACGUUAUUCGAUUUUAACCUUAUUCUCCUAUAACCUUAUACUAUAUACCGCCUCACAAAUAUCUACUGAAGUAAGUGUUUCAGUCAAUAUUUUUUGGUUAAUUUCAAACGUUACGAGGAAAAACAGGCUUUUGAGAAGGUUCAGGAAGAGAGGACAAUGAGAAUCCAGAAACUUCAUUGCAUAGCAGCAACAAAGAUUCAAGCUGCUCUCAGAGGAACAUUAGGAGCAAAGCAGAGCGUAGGAAAAAGAAAGAGGAAGAGAAGAAGGAAUGGGAGAAGUUGAAGAAGGAGAGAGAACAGAAGAGAAACAGGACUGAGGAAGAAGAGCACGCUCAGAGGGAGAAGAUGGAGAGAUGCAGCACCAGAGAUGGACCCAAGGGGGCUUCAAAAUACUACAGCUGUUGAGCUUGAGGACCAUAAACCAUAAAGCCAAGAAUCAUCCAGUUCAAAAAAAGAUGCCCAAGAAAAAGAAGAAUACCCAGCUUACCUGUGGACACUUUUCCCAAAACAGUAGCUUGGAGCUCUUUCAAACAGGUUAUGACAGUGAUGCUGGAAGACCUACCAGGAUGUAGUCUGUCCACACUGUCCGAGUGUAACAAUCUGCAGGCUUUGACCGCAGGAACCAACUAAUGAACAUUCCUGGUCUUGAUGGAGCUGAAAACCUGCAAAUUCUUCAGCUCUCACACAACAACAUCUCUCACAUAAGUGGUUUAGGACCCCUGAAAAUGCUUCUGCGAUUAUCAUUGGGCCAUAACCAGCUGCUCAGCACAGGAGAACCAAGUUCUUGUGAGGGACCUGUACUUGGAUGACUAUCUUCUAUCCUCUGUUGAUGAUCUGGAAUCCUAUCGGCUGCCUUUGCUCCAGAACCUCAAUAUGUCCCAUAACAGAUUUACAGAACAUGCGUCUGAAUCUCCAGAAACGCACCAGCCUUCAAAAAUUUAACCUGACUGGUAACCCACUACAGCUGGAAAGCAACUGGAGGUCCUUGCUUUUGGAGACAGUGCCUGGCUUGAUUAAGUUGAAUAAUGAGCAGACUGCUGCUGCUGCUGUGCCCCAUAAAUGUCCAGAACAGCAGUGGCGUUUCCAGGCCCUCUGUCAAGCACAACAAGAGCGACGAGAUUCACUUCUCUAGCAGCAAAAGAUGGAGAUCAGUUCUGCACCCUCACAACAGGAUGCCCAGCUUCUUGCAAUUGGCCACCAAACAGACCUGCUCAGAAUGGCAGUGGACCAGUGUUAUGCCCAUGAAUAUAUCAACAGCUGUUUUACGGAGGAUUCUACACUGGCAGCAGCUGCUUACAGUAGUUCAUGUACUUAUUCUGAAGCAUCUUUAUCACAAGAAGACUUGAGAUGUGUCUCCGGGAUACAGCAGAUUGGCAGAAACACAAAAAGACUCAAUUUUCUCAAGCUGACCUUGAGCUACGAUCUGCUGACUGCAUGCAGACACAAAGUGAGAAGGAACCUGUUCAGGCCCUGAACCUUAAAGUGUAUGACACACACACAUUUUUUUAAAUUUUACAUUUAAUUUCUGUAUGUUGUAAACAUCUCCCAUGAUUUGAAGGUACAUUUAAUUUUAGCUAAAGGUAAUCAAAAUAAAGCUCAUCUCUAAAUCAUUCGGUGGACAUUACACCCCUGCUGGGUCUCUCUCCAGAUGUUUUAACGCAGAUGAAUCAUCCAAGGCAUGAGUUCAGUGACAUUCAUUUAGUCUCUCGUGACUUUGGUGAGUCAUCAGAUAAAAUUGUCUUCUCUGCUAUCACUCAGAGCGGCAGCUGUGGCGAUCCAGCGAUGUUGGCGGAGGAGAUGCGUAUUGCAGAGACGUGAGGGCCUCCCAGGCUUAAUUGAAAAAACUAACACAAAAUCACAUCUUCAUAAGGUGGAAGAUACCUGCAUUGGGGGGCCUGAGAGAACGUGCUAACUGUUGUUAUUCAGAAAGCAGUUGAGAGAGCCUGGAUAACCUUGGAUUCCAAAGCCUUACCGGCCAAGAUGAUGCCAUUUUCAGAACAGCUGCCAUUGCCAAAGUUCACCAAGCAGUGAAUGAGGUUCACAAAUUACCGAAAGCGGAGGAAAAACAAUUUUAAGGAGAGAACUUACCAGUGGCUCCACACACAAGCAGUUCAUCCCGACAGACUCCGCAGGCACGGGACGGUGAGACACAUUACUCUGAACUAUAUUCUUCUGAAAAAUAUACACAGAUGGAAGAUAAGUUAUUAACAGUUCACAAUGGUGAUCAGUUAUAGUGGUCUCAGAUGUUGUGAAUGUGCUGUGGUGUAAAUUGUGUUAGAGGUAAUCUAUUCAAAGUGACUUUUUAGGGAUCAUUUCCUCCCUGAUAUUGGCCAGGAUAUUCUAAAUGGUGGGAGGGUGCAGCUUGUGAAACAGAAGUGCCAUCACCUACAUGAGUCAAUUCAGCUCCGAUCCAAAUGAAAGCAUCUCAUUUGGGGACAACCCAGUACUAUACAGUGGAGGCUGGAGUGGAGGAAAGAAGAGAGCCAAAUUGAACAAGUAAAAAGAUAACUACAUCAGCUUGUGUUUGUUGCACUGAGAUAAUAUUGAUUCUGUUUGUUCUUUUGUUUUCGCCCUUCGUAUUUGCGUCCAUGUAUAUAUUUAGAGUGUGAUGGAUGUCUUGUUGAUGUAAGCCCUUAACAAGACUUACAAUGCCCAUUUGAUCUCCGCUGAAAUUCUUUGCAGCUGCUGUUUUUACUAAAAUCCAGCUUCCUCUCCUGCAAAUGAAUUAGAAGCAAUGGAUGAGAUAUAGCCCAAAUAUCUGCAGGCAGUCACAGGAUAUGUAUUGCUUUCAAGUAUCACUCCAUUUAACAUGAGCACUGCGAGCCAUGGACUUGGUGGAAACCAUUUACAAAUGACAUGCUUAAUAUGCAGACAAUGACAGGCAAUAGAAACCAGCUCGUUCCUGUUUUAAUUUAGUUUUUUUUUUUUCUUUAUACUGGGAAUUUGUGUUGUUCUUAAAGCUAAAAAUAAGACAAUACACAUUUACUGAAAGCAAUAUAUCAAAGUUCACUGUCAAUAAAUGUUUUGCUAUACACACAGUUCUGCCUCAAACACCUAUGUUAUAAUCUUACAAAAAGCGGCAGAAAAAUAAGUAAAAAGAAAUGCAUACAUCAGAGUUAAAAGUGUUUUCUUUAGUGUUAGUGUCAGAUAAGGAUAUCUUUGUUUGUGUGUUUUUCUUUGGAUUUCAAAAAGCUGAGUGUUCAAAACAGUCAUUGGAAAAGAACAUUCUCGCAUUUUUAUGGCUAUAGAAAUGGUAAAAUAUUUUAAAGGGAUGCCUUAUUAGUGGGAGUUUUGGCAUCAUGUUUGGGCAGACGGCCCAUAGGUCUCGUACUUAAGAGACACUGGCUGACUGCUGUGGUAUUGUCUUGUUGAAUUAUAUACACAUAAAUAUACAUUAAAUACUGUAAAUAGGCAUAAAACAAGGUUACACUAUACUGACUAUGAGUAACUUUGCAACUAUGUGUGUGUGUGUGUGUGUGUGUGUGUGUGUGUAUACAGUAUAUAUUAUAUACUUAAACUCUCAGAAAAAAGGUAUAAAAAGAUAAUGUUUGAAAGGAUACCACCCCAGUGAAAAUUUUGUACCUUUUUUCUGAGCACAUGGACUAGAUAAAGUAUAUAGAUAGACAGACUAUAGGACUGCAAAAAGGUUAUAGUGGGACUCCAAAGACAGUACAUUUCCAAGUUUCCACUUUAGCUGAAUCUCAGAAUAACAGACUGAAUCCGCAGACUGAUGCCAGAGAGUAAUUCAUGCCAGUUGUUACCCACAGAAAACAUAGGCAAACCAUGAGAGAUAAUCUUUUCAAGUGCCAGCAAGAGCAGAUCUGAAUACGGUUAGUAAAACCCUUCAGAGUCAUAUAAAACCUAUUGGUUUGUUUGAGUUUCUAAUAGACUACGUUGUAUUUAACUGUCCGGGAACACAUUAUAGGGAAAAGAAAAUACUCAUUGAAUAAUCCUUCACACUAAAGUGAAGAGGCCUUUCAAACCAAAUUUGACUUUGCAAGCUCAAUGCAUCUGGCCUGACUUGAGCAGCUCGAUCGCAGCAGCUGGAAGAAGUGGCUGUGGCCAAACCGUUUAUUAUCAUUUUAAUUACUUAAGUGACUGCAAAGGCGUAUGUACACAAACCCAGCUGACACGCUCGUACUGACCUCUGACUUUCACUCGAGAUUCAUUCUGUACAUAAGAGAGUGAGAGAAGGAACAAAACGGAGAGAGGCAAUAAACAAUGGCAAACAUGUCAGUGGCCUGAAAGCCUCAUGUGGCCAGUACUAAACCAUUAAUAUGAUUUAAAAAUGUACCUUUAUAAUCAAGAAAAAUACUAACAUCUCUCUGUACCAAUUUGACAUGGCUCAGACUAAGGAGAACUUUGAAUUAUAUAAUUGUUAUAUUAUAUAACACACACACAUAUAUACUUAUUGUAUAUUUUUGAUAAUUUCAGGGACAUGCAAGGAUCAUCACAAUUUGGUGGCAGUAUGAAUAUUUUUAUGUGAUAUAAACAUUAUGUUAGCAUAUGUAAAUUAAUAAUUGCAGUUUGUUAAAACAUAUAAAACAUAAGUUGCCUGCCUGCAAAAUCAAAAAAAUAAAAUAAUAAUAUUAAAAAGUAAUGAUUAAAAAAAGACUCAAAAUGGAGAAUAUUUACUCUGUAAUAAAAGGAACAAAUGGCAGAUCAAAUGUUUCAAAUUUCUUCUAUCUUUAAUGCUCACUUAUUUUGAUUUCUUGAUGUACUUCUGAACUUAACUGAGUGAAAUUAGGCCGUAACUUAUAGCAUCUUCUGCACUUUGAUGUGCUUUAAUUUUAAUCCGCAGACAAAAUUUCAACAAACCACAGAGAAUUUCUCACAUUUUCCCCUCAGCAAGGGGUCCAAAUAGAAGGUCAUUUCAGAGCCUUAAUAAGACACCCCCCUGCUACUUAAGAGCACCCCUAUUUAUUUUCAUUUUUUCUUGGAGUGGCACCAUCAAACCCCAAGCAUUGUAAGUGACCCUUAGAUAUGGCUAGCCUGGCAGGUGGUAAGGUUUUGCUGGCAGAAAGGAGAGGGCUUCUCUAUGUGUGAUCUCUUACAAACUCUUUAGAGUGAGGGUGGUAUCGGAUGACGCCUUUCCUGUCUGAAAUAUACACGUUCAGGUGGUCGCAAAAUCAUUUCGGUGCCGAGCUUUAUAGUCUCGUAUUCAAAAAUCGGCCUCAUGCUCACUGUGUCGACACUGUUACUGUCGGAGUGUGUAAAGCUCUGCGUUGUUCGCCUUAUCAGUGGAGUUUGUUUUUUAAACCCAAGCGUGUCAACUGAGCUAAACUAUUGAUAAUAGCAGAAUAAAGUUCGCUGUAAAAGGCUCUUUAAUAUUAGCUAUGCUAGUGUGAUCAUGUCAUCGUUUUUCUUACAGCAUAUUUUCCUCUAGAAAAAAAUCUAUGCAACUUGGAAAUGUUUAACACACAUUUAAAUCUGCGUGAUACAUUUUUAUUGUAUUUUUAUUUAGGUCAUAGCAACAGCAUUUCUGUGCUGGCUAUAUGCGCUGAAUGCCGUCGUGAUAUUAUUAUUCGUUUAUUGUUCGGAAGAUUCAUAUUGUCAUUCAUGAGACCUGCAAACACAGUUUUGUUGUGCCCUGGAUGUUGGAUGAAAUAAUAUAGCCUACAUACAUAGCCUAUUCAUUCCCCUUAAUAUAGAACAUAAUCUUUGUAAACAUAUUAGUCUAAUGACUAGCUAUAUAUUUUUAAAAUUGUGAGAAAAGUUGAUUAGUUUAUAAAGUAAUACAUGUGUUAAAAAUGUGUAAUUAUGUAAAACAAUGCUGUAGUAAUUACCUUCUUACUGUUUAACUGAAAACUUAUAUUUGUGUAGGCUAGGCGUCUUAAAAAAUAAUUGCUAACAAGACGAUUUAAAAUAUUAAAGAUUAUUGAAACAAGAUGCUUUAUAAUCCUUCGAAUAGUUCUAAUAAUAGAUUAAAUAAAAUGUUUAAAUAACAUUGUGUAAUUUAAUGACAUGUAACUUCAGAAAAGUAGUCUAAAUGUAUUUGUCACCCUCCCAAAUGCCGUCCCGUAAUGCUAGCUAUUCAAAGCGGAACUAACCUUAUGUGUAUACCGUAAAUUAAAAUAAACAAUUAGCUAAAUAAAAUACAAUAAAUAAACAGGAAAACCAAAAUUGGGUAGUUUAAAAUUAUUUCCCCAUUAUGAACAAAAAAAGUAGUUUAAAUAACACUCAGUUAUGCGUUGGAACAAAGAUGCCAUUUUCCAAGUUAAAUGGGAUGCUAAAUACUUAUUUGCAGUGUAGCCAUACUUUCCUUUUCUUUUCUUUUUUUUCUUACAAACGUUAGUCAUCGUCAUAUUAGGCUAUAGAAGCUAACUUAAAAAGAGAAUAUAACUGCAGGUUGGCUAUACAAAGUAACGUAAAAUAUUUUUAUUUAAUAUAUUUAUUUUUGCUCCUAAAGAUUUACUCUCCACUGUUCUUCACAAAUAACAUACUCUAUAGCUGUUCUUUAAACUGUCUCCAACUUUUCUGUUUACUGAAAUAGGCUACUUCAUAUUGUUAAGACGGUUUAACACUAGCGCCCUGCUUGAGUCCGAUUUAUCAGUUAAAUAACCAUUAGAGGUAUCCAAACACACUGAAAGCGAAAGCAAGUGUAAUUGUUUAAUUUCUGGUCAUCUCCGAGUUUCAUAAAUCUUAUUUAGUGCUUGUGAAUGCGCGGGGGUGGAGUUUCACCUUCUCCAUAUUCAGAAGUUGGGUGGCUGCUUGAAGCUCACACUCUUUGCCGUAUAAAGAGAGGCCCUCGGUCUCUUUAAGACAAGACAAAUUAACGACUUGUACAAAUAAUUGGCCGCAUUGCUUCAUUUUUGACAUCACUAAAACAUUUAUGGUGUCCACUGACGCGCUACAUGCUUGAGACGAGGCCAGAGGAGCAUGAUGGAGUACUUGAGCGACAAGUUCUCCUUAAAAAGUCAAGCGAUUAAAGGCAGCGAUUACUACAUGGACCAAGUCAUGGAGACUUUAGACAAUGUGCAGUACUACAACAAGACAUCACCUAAAUGCGUCCAGGCCUUCUCGAUGCAGAGCAAUGAUCAACACACCACCAUGGACAGAUCGUCUCCGUGUGACAACCAAAACAAUUCAGGCGUGAAUUACUGCGCUCCUAAAACUGAAGACAGCAGCCUGCACGCGAUGGAGAACUGCUGCAGACCAGACAAAACAGACCUGGACGACAUCGGCGAAAAAUGCGACAGCAACGUGUCGAGCAGCAAGAAGAGACGCCAUCGCACGACCUUCACGAGCGCUCAACUAGAGGAACUGGAGAAAGUCUUCCAGAAAACCCAUUACCCAGAUGUGUAUGUGAGAGAACAACUGGCCAUGAGAACAGAGCUCACGGAGGCCAGGGUUCAGGUAUGGUUCCAGAACAGAAGAGCCAAGUGGAGAAAGCGAGAAAGAUACGGACAGAUCCAGCAGGCCAAAAGCCACUUUGCAGCGACCUAUGACAUAUCAAUGCUGCCCCGGACAGACAGCUACUCACAGAUUUCCAACAACUUAUGGACAGGUCCCACUGCAGGCAGCUCUGUAGUCUCGUCCUGCAUGAUCCCACGCGGUUCCCCUCCCUGCGUGACGUCUCCCUAUCCCCACUCGCCGAGAGCCGGCGAGCACAGUUACGUGGGAUUCCCCAAUCACCAGCAAAAUCAGUUUGGAAUGUCUCUCAACAACUUCUUCGCCGAUUCACUUCUGGCGCCUUCAGCGAACAGUCACGCUGCGUUCGAGACCAAACCUGAGUUUGAACGGCGGUCCUCCAGCAUUGCUGUGCUGCGGAUGAAGGCGAAGGAACAUGCAGCCAACAUAUCUUGGACCAUGUGAACUCUGAACUUAUUCUAAUAGUGCUGAUCUCAACAGUUUUAACCUAUAACAGUACAGCCAGUUACUUCGUGAAUUUGUUUUUAUUUUAUUUUUUAUUGGAACAAAAAAAUAUCAGCCGCAAUUAUAGACUGUUGUGGAAAAGUUGUCUGUCCUUUCAAAAAUAAUUUAAGAAACCUCGUGAUUAAACAGUAGUUGUUCUUAUUUUGUCUUAGCAUCUCUUGUCAUUGUGAAUAUGAAGGCCACAGAUCUCGACAGUAUUAUACUCUCAUGACUUUGACAGAGAUGUUAUGGUCGACAUACUAACACUAUGUCUUUGUGCUUUGCAGCAAAGCUGUUUAAUGCUCUCUAGCUGUGGUUUAGUCCACAUUGCCACAUGCAGAGUUGCAAUUGUUUAUUUUAUAUUAUGGUAAUAAAAGUUCAUUAAAAUUACA